UUUUUCCCGAAAGUUCUACCUUUCACUGUUCAAAUUUUCAAAAGUUCUCGAAGUUUUAAGUGGCGAAAACAAGGCCAAAACCAACUGGAGAUGGUAAGUAUCGAACUUUGCACUAAAAUUACUCAACAUUUUCAGUGAACACGUAAUGUUAUCCUCUUUAAAAUGGUCAUUUACCGAAAGUUGUACCUUUUAUCGUUCAAAAGUUCUUAAAGAUCAAAGUUGAAUAAAGUGAUCACUGAUCAACACCAAAAGUGAAAGUGACUGAUAAGUGGUAAUGGUGAUAGUAACACAAUUUGAUCUUGAUCACUUUCCGUAACUUCGAUCUUCAAGAUCUUUUGAACGAUUUAACAAAGAUAUUUCGGCAGAUAACCAUUUUAAAGAGGAUAAAAUUACCUCAAAAUAAAUAUGUGUUUGGUGAAAAUGUUGAGUAAUUUUAGUGCAAAGUUCAAUACUUAGUACGCGCAGCUGGGUUUUACCUUGUUUUCGCAACUUCGAAAAUCGAGAACUUUUGUAUGGUGAACAGUAGAUCUUUGGGAAGAAAACCACUCUAAAGAGGAUACACUUACAAACAUUUCUGUGAUUUAAAAAUCAAUACAACACAUGUUCUCCCUGAAAAUUUUGAGUAUUUUUAGUUUAAAGUUCACACUUCACAGAUGUCGAAUGCAAAAUUCAUAAGAUAAUCAUUUUUUGGCGAAAUGAUGAAAAUUCAACAUCAAUCGAUAGGGAAUUUCAUUAUCUUUAAUUUUUAAGUACAUAAAAGUUCACUCAAACUCGCGAGCAAUCGAAAAAAAUUACAUCUUUUAAAACGUAAUUGUGUGUACUGUGUACACUACAUACUUACUCGUACUUAGUUUACUUUCUUAUGAAAAUAACAGCGGUAAGAAGUAAGAACGAACGCAUACUGAUUCUGUCGUUCGUCGUUCUCGUUCAUCAUGGAAUAUUAGGAAUGCAAAAAGCUGUAGCUUUUAUUAUUUCGCAAUAGGGGCGAUAAAAACAAUUUCCAGUGUUAUCAAAUUUUACUUGAACAGGUGUCUGUUUCCUGAUAUGAUUUAAUUAACAAUUUUGUUUGCAAUAAAUUGAAAAUAUGUCGUCACAACGUUUGAAAAUCGGACAACAUUUAUUAAUAGAAAAGUGUAUAGGUCGAGGCACUUUUAGCGCUGUGUAUCAAGUUGUGAAUGUGAAAAGUGCAGAGAAAUUCGCCUUGAAGCAAGUGUUUAUAUCCGACAUCGAAGACAAAAAAGCGAGAAAUGAUUGCUCCAAUGAAGUUUAUUUGUUACAGCGUUUAGAUCACCCGAAUAUAAUCAAGUAUUUAUGCUGCGAAUUCGAUCAAGUUAGCGGAACACUACACGUAUUGUUAGAAUUGGCAUCCAAUGGAGAUUUAUCGCAUUUUAUCGCUGAUCAUAUUAAGAACACUAGACUCAUACCGGAAUCAACCAUUUGGAAGUUCAUUAUUCAAUUAAGUUCGGCUAUCGAUUUCAUGCAUGCGAACAGGAUAAUCCAUAGAGAUUUGAAACCAGCGAAUAUUCUUUUAUCCAAAGAUGGUGACAUUAAAAUUUGCGAUUUCGGACUUGGAAAGUGUUUCGUCGAGGGGGACAGGUUGUAUUCAACAUCGGCCCUUGGUUCACCUUAUUACAUGAGUCCUGAAAGACUGCUUAGGGAAAAGUACUACUUCAAUAGUGAUAUUUGGUCAUUAGGAUGUAUCAUUUAUGAACUAGCAGCUUUGCAGUCACCUUUCUAUGUCAGUAAAUUGGACAUGAAUUUGCUCAUUAAAAGAGUUAUCUCUCGAGAUUUUGCACCUGUGCCAUCAGAUUUAUAUUCUAAAGAAUUACAUGCAGUCAUCGAAACUUGUCUGACAGUUGACUGUAAAAAGAGACCUUCAGCUCAUCAUAUAUUAGGUUAUGCAAAUGAUUUUUGUGCCCAGCAUUACUAAUUUAGUUGACCAGGUUUAGCUUAAAUUUUUAAUAGGUAAGUAAUAAUUUAAGAUUUUAUUCAAAAAUUAACAAUUAUUUUAAAAUUUAUUUUUGAACUUGUGUAAACGAAAGUGAGAUAAUUAGACUUUGUAAUUGUUUUUGAUUUACCUAAGUAGAUAAUAUUUUUUUAAAACGAAAGUGAGAUAAUUAGACUUUGUAAUUGUUUUUGAUUUACCUAAGUAGAUAAUAUUUUUUUAAAACGUGAAUAAAACUUCAAGAUGA